AUGGCUCUGAAUGCAGCCAUGUUCCUCCUGCUGGCAGCCUGGAUAGGUCUGUCCCUGUGCUCAGGGAUCCAGAAGUGUAGGGAAGUUGAGAAGGAGAUCAAGGUCCUGGAGGCUCUUCCAGGUGGAGGAUGGGACAACAUUCGCAACCUGGACAUGGGCCGGGUGAUGGAUCUCAGCUACUCCCUCUGCCAGACCACUGAGGACGGGUACCUGCUCCCAGAUGAGGUCUUCAUUAUCCCCCAGAAGGAAAGCCGGGUGGAGCACAACUCGGAGAUCAUUGGGAACUGGCAGGACUACAGGAGCACGGAGGCAAGCUCCAUCAAUGCUGACGUGUCUUUCAAAAAGUUCCUCAACAGCAAGUUCUCCAUCGAGAACAGGAGGGUGAAGACACAUCAGGUGAAGGAGCAGUCAGUCACCAGCCGGCUGGAGUUUCGUCACUUUCUGUACACCAUCAAAGCUCAUCCUAGCUUUGCCCUGGACCCACGGUUCAAGAGGCAGGUAAUGGAAAUCGCGGAUGCCCUGGAGAACAAUGAGACUAGGAACGCAGAAUUCUUGUCCGAGAUGCUGGUCCUGGAGUACGGAACGCAUGUCGUGACCUCAUUGGACGUGGGGGCCAGCCUGGUCCAUGAAGACUACCUCAAGAGCACCUUUGUCUUGGACACCAAGGUCUCUCAGAAGACUAUCACCUUUUCCGCCCAGAUCAGCUUCCUAAAGCUCUUCGAUAAUAUCAGCCUGUCUUGGAAGAAGGUGGCUGAGACCACUGAAUCCAAAAUGUACGAGGGGAACAUCACCUACUCUUUCACGGAGAGUCACGGCGGAGUGCCCUUCUACCCAGGCUUGUCUCUACAGCAGUGGGAGCAAAGUGUGGCCCAGAACCUGGUGGCCAUCGACCGCUCCGGACUACCCCUGCCAUUCCUCCUCAACAGCAACACCCUGCCUGACCUGUCUGUGGUCACUGUCCAACGUCUGGCCCUGUCUGUGUUCAGUGCCAUCGAGCGCUACUAUACCAUCAACACCCUCCCAGGAUGUGUUGACCCCAACUCCCCAAACUUCAGCUUCCAGGCCAACGUAGACGACGGCUCCUGCAAUGACACGGUGGCUAUUCUCAGUUUCGGAGGAGUGUUCCAGCGCUGUACCGCCCUAACCCAGGAUGGGGGCACCCUUUGCCCAGGCCUGGACCAGAAAAACCCCAAGACAGACUCCUUCUCCUGCCAGGCAUUCUACAACACGACCCUCCUGCGCUCCGAGAACAAGGAACAAGGAUACACUGUCUACGAGUGCCAUCGGGAGUGCAAAUCAUGCUGGCUGGUCUUUACCUGCUGUAAAGACAUCUGCAACAAUGUCUACUACGUGCGGAGGGCAAACGUCGCCACAUACUGGUGUUCUGCCAAAGGCAAGGUCCAAGAGUCCUCUGUAGUCCUUUUUGGGGGUCUGUACAGUGAUACCCUGAAGAAUCCCAUCACCAAAUCGUUCGGCUGCCCCAGAGGCUUCCUCUCCUUCGCCCUGCUCUCUGAUGGGCUGAAGAUCUGUCUGAGCAGCGAUUAUCAAGUGGGUACCCACUACUCUAUGCUCUUCGGCGGUUUUUUUAGCUGUGAGGCAGGGAAUCCCCUGGCCAACGGCCAGCAGAAAUGCCCCCCGGGGUUCGCCCAGCACUCGGUGUCGGUGAGCGACGGCUGCCAGGUGAUGUACUGCGUCAGGGCGGGGGUCUUCAAUGACGCGGAGCUCCCUCCCGCUCGCCUGCCCCCCUUCACCCGGCCCCCCCUUUUCGGCAACGAUACAGUCCUCGGGGACAGGUCUGCAGGGCGACUGAGCUGGAGGAUGGGAACCCAGGGGGAUGUCCAGUGGGUGAUGGUGGAGCCGCAGUCACCCCAUGCCUCGGCUCAGAGGGUGGGGUUGGGCAGUGUGGGGAGGCUCGCCAUCGCAGCGGUGGUGUUCCUGUCCCUGUUCCUGACCCUGACCACUGUGUAG